ACUGGCUUUACCCCAAAAUAUCUAACGAAUUCCUUACAUGACCUUAUGUUCGGUCUAGUUUGCUGAGAAUUUAGUUAUGUUGGGGAAAUUUUGCACAAGAAAGGUGGGUGUGGCAAAAGAAACACAAAAUAAAACAAACGAUUGUUUUUUUACUUUUAAGAGUAAAAACGAUUAUGGUGAAUAAUUCUAAAGGAUUAGUUAAAAAUGCAUUAUUUCAAGGAAUGAUUGAUCAUGUUUUCUGUUAAUUCUUGUGGUCCUGUGUAUUGAUUUAUCGAUUUAUUGUUGUGUGUUUGAGCUCCAUCUAGCGGUCACAGUUUAAACACAUCGAUUAGCAUGUCAGCCAAUAUUAUGUUGUAGAAAUAUAUUUAUUUCUAAACGUGAAUUUAAUAACUUCAAAACUAGCUCUUAUUAGUUUCAAACGGUCAUCACAAAAUUAUGAUAAUAAUAUCCACAGGUUUUAUGAGGUCUACGGAAAAGGUCUGUGUGCGCAUGCGCCCACGAGCGCCUACUAGAGGUGACCCACAUUCGGCACCUUUGACCUAUUUACACAGAUACAAACGCAAAAGAACUCGCGCUGCUAUCCGUGCACAUCGUCAACAUUAAAUGAUCUGCAAUCCAUUCAGUCAAUCAAAACAUUUGCCAAUUUCUGAGUUUUAAACUUCAUUUUCAAAACAUAAACACUCGGAACACGGACAGUAACAUUUGACUGACAGUCGUCAUGUCCAAUCAUAUACUGAGAAAUGUUGGUAUGUGCGUGUCGACCAAUCAGAAAACGGAUUGACAGAACAUAUGGAUGUUCUCGUCCAAUAGGGCAAGAGGGCGGCCGGUUAACGAUAAACUAUUGUGUAUAAACGUAUACGCGUUUUGUCCGACGUUGUUUACGUGUGAUUGAUUGUUAAUUAUUAACUAGUUACUGUUAAACGACCCAUAAUUAUGUUUAAGCACUUAUAUUUUAUUUUUGGUCUGUAGUCGUGUCUUUAUAGAGGUUAUCUGAAGGAACGUGAAGGUUCUCAGAAUAUCAGCAAAACAUGACUCAUCGCACCAUUCAUCUGUUUCGCAAGGGUCUGCGUCUGCAUGACAACCCCACCCUGCUGGCGGCGCUAGAGUCCUCCUCCGCCCUCUACCCCGUCUAUGUGCUGGAAACGGAGGAGGCGAAUCGUUUGGGUGCGUUACGUUGGCGCUUCAUUCUGCAGAGUCUGGAGGAUCUGGACAGACGUCUGCGCGCCCUGGGUUCGAGGCUGUACGUCCUCCGUGGCUCCACCCUCGCUGUCCUGCGAGAACUCGUGACCCGAUGGGCCGUGACUCAGAUCAGCUACGACACCGAGGUGGAACCGCAUUACACGCGCAUGGACCUGGAGAUUCGAACCCUGGCGCAGGAACGGGGAAUAAAAAUGCACACGUGUGUGUCGCACACGCUGUAUGACGUCAGGAGGAUUAUUAAAGCUAACGGUGGUUCUCCUCCUCUCACGUAUAAGAAAUUCCUUCAUGUUUUGUCUGUUUUGGGCGAACCGGAGAAACCUGUGCGAGAAAUCACUGCUGAGGACUUUCUGAGAUGUCCGACUCCUCCUGACCCGGAUCAUGAAAGGCAGUUUGGGAUCCCAUCUCUGGAGGAUUUAGGUCUGCAGGUUCCCUCUGAGGUCCUGUGGCCCGGUGGAGAGACGCACGCCCUUAAACGACUCCAACAACACCUCCAGAGUCAGGUACACACACAGGGUUUGACAUUUUUGAUCAUUUCGACAACAUUCAUGACGUAUCGUCUUCAUCAGGGUUGGGUGGCCAAUUUCUCCAAACCACGAACGGUUCCAAACUCUCUUCUGCCCAGCACCACGGGUCUCAGUCCGUACAUUAGUCUGGGAUGUCUGUCCGUCCGCACGUUCUACCAUCGACUCUCCAGCAUCUACGCACAGUCGAGGAAUCACUCGCUGCCGCCCGUGUCUCUGCAGGGUCAGGUCCUCUGGAGAGAGUUCUUCUACACCGUAGCAUCAACUACUCCGAACUUCAUCCGGAUGCAGGGAAAUCCCAUCUGCCUGCAGAUCGACUGGAAGCAUGACCCGGAGGCUCUGGAGAAGUGGAGAACCGCUCAGACGGGUUUCCCCUGGAUCGACGCCAUCAUGACACAGCUGCGUGAGGAGGGUUGGAUCCAUCACCUGGCGCGUCACGCCGUGGCCUGUUUCUUGACCCGUGGAGAUCUGUGGAUCAGCUGGGAGGAGGGCAUGAAGGUCUUUGAAGAACAACUGUUGGAUGCAGAUUACAGUGUGAACGCUGGGAACUGGAUGUGGUUAUCUGCAAGCGCCUUCUUUCAUAAGUACACAAGGAUCUUCUGCCCGGUUCGUUUUGGACGCCGGACCGAUCCAGAUGGACAGUAUCUUAGGAAAUAUCUUCCAGUUCUGAAGAAUUUUCCCUCUCAGUAUAUUUAUGAGCCGUGGAAAGCACCAGAAGAUGUCCAGCUCAGCGCCGGAUGCGUUAUCGGUAAGGAUUAUCCUCAUCCAAUGGUUUGUCAUCUAGAAGUGAGUCAGAAGAAUUUGGCUCUGAUGCGACAGAUUCACGCCGAACAGCAGAAUACAGCACAGCUGACAAGAGAUGUAUCAGAUGACCCGAUGGAGGCGGGGCUUAAGCGUGAGCUACAGGAGGAGGAAGAGCUUAUAGAGGGGGCGGAGUCAAACGACACAUUCAAGCGCUUAAACAACGAAGUGGAUCAUCAGUCUCGCCCCUGCAGAUGAAGUCCAGAAACCCUGCGCCUGUCCAAACUCGACGGAGAGAUCAUGUGACCUCAGGAUCGUAGUGUUACAUAUUUCAACAUAUUAAUAUUAGUCAAAAUUUAGAUGACGUCAUUUAAGUUUAUGAAUGUAGAAGGAUUUUAUAUUUGUAUAGUUUUGCUACUAGACACAGUUAUAUGCACUAAGAGCAUCUGAACAUUAUUAUCUGCUGUGCCGUACACACAGAUUCAGAUCAGAGUCCUGUACGAACUCGGACUCUUGUGGUCGCUCAAAUCAGACUCCUGUAUGAACUCUGACUUUUGUGUGCGCUCUGGUCUGACUCCUGUACGAACUCGGACUCUUGUGGUCGCUCAAAUCAGACUCCUGUACGAACUUGAACUUUUGUGUGCGCUUGGGUCAGACUCCUGUACGAACUCGGACUCUUGUGUGCACUCUGUCCAAGUCCUGUACGAACUCGGACUCUUGUGGUCGCUCAGAUCAGACUCCUGUAUGAACUCUGACUUUUGUGUGUGCUCUGGUCUGACUCCUGUACGAACUCGGACUCUUGUGGUCGCUCAGAUCAGACUCCUGUACGAACUUGAACUUUUGUGUGCGCUUGGGUCAGACUCCUGUACGAACUCGGACUCUUGUGUGCGCUUGGGUCAGACUCCUGUACGAACUUGGACUCUUGUGUGCACUCUGUCCAAGUCCUGUAUGAACUCGGACUCUUGUGGUCGCUCAGAUCAGACUCCUGUAUGAACUUUGACUUUUGUGUGCGCUCUGGUCUGACUCCUGUACGAACUCGGACUUUUGUGUGCGCUCGGGUCCGUGUCCUGUACGAACUCGGACUCUUGUGGUCGCUCAGAUCAGACUCCUGUAUGACCUCUGACUUUUGUAUGCACUCAGAUCAGACUCCUGUAUGUGUUUGAUUACAUUUGUUUACAUUUUAAUGUAUUAAAAAAACGAAAUCAUUGUUCAAAACCAAAGGUUUUUCUUGUGCACGUGUUUAUGAUUAUGAAUGUGUGUUUGCUGUACAAAAUAAUACAAAAAAACAACUUUGUUAUGCAAAUAAAUGUAGAGUAUUUUGCA